AUGGGUCAGCGUCAUAAUUUGGCAAGCUCUUUCUGCGGGCUCUUCAAAAUCCUCGUUGCUUUUAGCUACUGGAUGCUCAGAUGGAAGCCGUACUAUGUACCGUUUCUUGUUUGCUUACAUGAAUUUUGUGAGCUCUUCUUUACUCAUGACAUGGCAAAAGUGAUAUAUGUGGAUAAUCAUAAGCAUAGUUUGGCUUCUAUGUUUUCUGGAACAAGUCAGGUUGCCACUGAUUUAUCAGCUCCAGUGUCGUCAAUCUCAUUAGCCAUACCUGCCCAGUCUCAACAUGAGGAUAAUUCUGCACGUUGUUGGAUCUCUCAUGAAAACCACCUUGAAGAAAUUUUUGUGCAUUCAAAAUUUCCAGAGCUAAGGGAGUCAGCAGAUCUAUCAGAAGUCUCUGAUCGAUGCUAUGGUCUUACACUAGCACCUGGAGAACAGAUGAUUGCUGUGGUACGCAGUUUGGAUCUGAACCUUUUGAACCAGAUGUAUCAAGUCAGGACACAAAAGGCGGUGGUUGAGUUCAUCUGGAUCGGUGGCCAAUUUGUUGGUAUUCCACUAGACAGGAGCAUUGAUAUUUGCAGUCCACGGUCUGCAGACUUAUCCUCAAGUAACAUUAUGUGGUGGGGAUCCAACAUUUUGUGGUCGCUGAAGAAAUAUGAAAAUGUUGAAAAGAGGCUUGUGUUAUGGGAUGUUGUAACUGCGCUGCAAGAGUCGAAGAAAUCUGCACCUGCCUUUCUGGAGACUUUAGUGCAUAGUUGGGUCUCAGCUUUAUCUUCGGGCGACCUACAGCGUGUUUCUAUCAAGCGAGAAUUAUGUAUUUGA